AUGAAUUUCAUCUAUUCCCAACUUUUCGCCCCUCUUCCCUUGCCUACCUACGACUAUACCGGGAAAACCGUCAUCGUGACAGGCUCCAAUAUCGGUCUUGGCAAGGAAGCAGCACGACACUUCACUCGACUCGGCGCAUCUACAGUCAUCCUGGCAGUACGUUCCAUCGAGAAGGGUGAAGCAGCAAAACGCGACAUUGAGUCCAGUACACGAAAGCAGAACGUUGUCAAAGUAAUGCAGCUCGACAUGUCUUCAUAUCAAAGUGUCUUUGAUUUUUCAGCCAAAGCAUCCAAAGAGCUGGAUAGGAUUGACGUCGCACUUUUAAAUGCUGGCGUUGCCCGAGGCGAGUGGGAGCUCGCAGAAGGCGAGGAAUCGACGAUCACUGUCAACGUAAACAGCACAUUCUUGCUCGCUCUUUCUCUUCUUCCCAAGCUCAAGGAGACUGCGGCAAAAUUUAAUGUCCGCCCCAACCUUACCAUCACGAGCUCCGAAGUCCACGCCUGGGCAGCUUUCGAAGAGCGCAAAGCGCCCGACGGCAAGAUUUUCGAGACACUCAACACAAAACCGGAAAACAUAGCAGGUGCGAUGGAAGAACGCUACCGGGUGUCGAAGCUUCUCGAGAUACUAGUGGUCAGAGCAAUGACGGAGACGAAGAGCGCAACACAGAUUCCGGUCACAAUCAACUGCGUCAACCCCAGCUUAUGCCACAGUGAGCUUUCGCGCGAGGCUGGCUGGGGAAUUACUAUUUUGAAAUUCUUCUUGGCGCGCAGCACUGAGCUUGGGAGCCGAAACCUAGUGCAUGCAGCGUCGAUGGGCCCGGAGUCGCACGGGCAAUACGUGGGUGACUGUAUGAUAGUGCAGCCUUCCAAGUACGUGCUGAGCCAGGAGGGGUGGAAGGAUCAGCAAAGAGUAUGGACAGAGCUGUCGGCUAAGCUAGAGGGUAUCCAGAAGGGCAUAAUGAAUAAUUUGUAG